UGUCUCAUCCGUCCUCCACACUCUUUGCUGACAUUUCAACUGAGACUGUCAACAAGAAAUCAUUUCAGCAAGAGCAAAGGCAAAUUGGAUGGUACGCAGACAGAAGAACACCUGCACUGUGUAGCUACUUUAUUGGCUGAUUAUUAGCUAGUGUAGUAAUCAUCUGAGAGUGCCAUGUCGUAUUACAGUGGCUUGGCUGUGCGCCAGCAUCACUGAAGAGUCUCUUCUGAAGCUCGUCCUCUGACCCUCCUGGACUGAACCCUGCCAAACCUGAAACCGCUCUGGAAUGUGUCUGAAACUCUUCAGCCAGUGGACAGCUUUUAUUUACAAUCAAGAUACACAUCUUACCAAAAACAGCAGGUGAAUUUCUAACCAAGAAAGUGACAGAAAACUAAAGGAACAAUGAACAGCACAGUCACACCACAAUGGACAACCACAAACUCAACUAAUGUGUGUGUUGACAUCGGCCAGAGCUCGAUCAGUGACUUGCUGAUGACUGUUUACAUCCUGGCUUUUAUUCUUGGUUUGAUCUUCAAUGUGCUGACUCUGGGUCCUAUUUGUCAACUUGUGCGGAAGCAAAACAUUUUGGGCAUCUUCCUGCUCUGCCUCUCCAUCUCCGACAUGCUUUAUCUCUUCACCAUGCCCCUUUGGAUCAAUUAUUACAGACAGGACCACCGCUGGCAGCUGGGUGUUCUGUCCUGCAGCGUAGCUGGCUUCAUCUACUACUCCAACAUGUACAUCAGCAUCUACCUACUCUGCUGUAUCUCCGUGGACCGCUCCCUCGUUGUCACCUACCCGUUCCACUUCAAGACCCGCCGUACACCAUGCUACGCAUGGGCACAAUGUAUCAUUAUUUAUGUUGUAGUGGCGGUGCUGCACAUCAUGGUUCUGAUCUAUGACAAUCUCAAAGAUGCCCAUGAUGACAUGAACCACAACGACCGUUGUUAUGAGACGUACCCUUUACAGAAGCCUGUUGCCCUGUUCAACCUAAUCAGAGUGGGUGUCGGUUUCCUGCUGCCCCUGCUGGUGUUGGCGGUGAGCUACUGGAAGGUGCUGGCUACUGUGGAUCAGAGUCCUGGCCUUAGUGCCCAGGCCAAGAGGAAGGUCCGUCUGCUGUCCUUUGGGGUAAUUGGGAUCUUCUCCGUUUGCUUUGCUCCAUAUCAUAUUCUCCUGCUCACACGCUCACUAGUCUUUUAUAACAGCGACAGCACAGAUCCUGGAGGAACCUACUGCCUGUUUGAACAAAAGAUGCACUUCUUCUUCUCAUGCACGCUGGCUCUGUCCAGUCUGAACUGCGUGGUGGACCCUGUACUAUAUGUGCUUGUCAGUAAUCUUGCCCAAGGCGAGGUACUACCAUGCUGGAAGAAGCAAAGAAGGCCAAAGGUAGAGGGCUGUGCCCUAACUUUAUCCAACAGAGGAAAGUCAGAUUCAAAUUUAAUAUGAAACAUUAGCUGUACAUGAGUGAACAAGAGUAUCUGUGCAUUUCGUAUGCACAUUGUGUGUGUAUGUCCAUACGUAUACAUGAUUAUGCAUAAUACUGUAGCUGUUUGAAGUCAUGUCUACAUCUUCAGUGUUAGUAAGUAGCUGGAUUAUUUACAUCCCAUAAUCAACCCUUUGUGGACAAUCAGAUAUCCUUUGAGAAGACCACAUGGCCACUUUUGUCUGUUUUUUAUUUAUUAUUAUAUUAUUAUUAUUUCCCUCAUUUCCUGCGCGGUGCAGAGGGGUUGAAUAACAUGCAUCUCAGGGCUCUGAAAUUGGAUUGUAGUCCCAGGUUCUCAUCUCCCAAGAGUUCUUCAGGGGCAGCCACUUCUGGUUUGUGUAUGGACACCACGGGAGUUGAAGAGCCCUUGUGUUUUCCCUCCAAUCUAUACAAGGGUGCUGUGAUUGUGAUUGUGUGAUCCUAGUAUAACUAAAAGUGCAUUACCUCUGAAGCAUGCCAUAAAAAGCAUUUAUUAGCAUGACCAUGUGUCCUCAGUGUCUUACCAUCAGUGAAACAUGUUAAAUGUAAAUCCAAAUAAACCAGUGGUUUGAUGAGA